AUGGCCGUCAGAUUAGCUAUAAUCAUGAACACCCAUGAGGGCAGGAGAAUCAAUACGGACAAAAACGCCGUCGAGGGCAACGACGCCAACACGAGCAACGACGCCAACAAGGGCGAGAACCCCCAGCAACCCCCGUUCUCUUCCAAUGCUCCGGAGGACCGAACAGCCGGAUCCGACGGCGGCGAGGAUGUCACGAUGAAAGAUGACGACGACGACAUCAUAAUGAAGAACCCCAAAAAAGAGAUGGACAGACUCGAGCAAUUCCACAGGCCCCUGUCACCUUCCCCGCGGAGACAUAUCCUCAGCCCACCCGCCGGCCAGUCGAGCCCUCUCUUCAACUCAUUCACCAACCAGCCAAGCCCUCUUUUCAACCCACCGGCCGGUGGGCCCGGCCCGGAGACUAUCCGGAGGGAAGGGAGUGAGCGAGUGGCCAUGCAUGAUGAGGUGGAGGGGGUGCUCGUGUCGUUCACGCGGCCCUACUGGUGGUGA